UGUUCCCAACAUGUGCGGUGAUGACAGCCGUGUGUGCUUUGUCCUCUGCAGGCUUCCGUAGGAUUCCUUUGCUGUCAGUGUUCCGCGGUGACAGACCAAACAUCGCCGAGCCACACAACCCAAGCCCCCCUGCACUCAACUAUGGAGGAGAUCAGCAACAUUGAAGUGGUUCCUUGCACAGACUCCGACUACCUAAAGCCCUUCAGGCUGCACUACAACCAGAAUGGCACAAAAAAGUCCUGGGACUUCAUGCGAACUCAUGACAGUGUAUCCGUGCUGAUCUUCAACACCACCUCCCACUGUUUUGUUCUUGUCAAGCAGUUCCGUCCAGCUGUAUUCAUGUGUGAGUGGGAAAAGACCAAGACGCAGCCAUAUCAAUCUGCUGAAAAGACAGAGGAGGGGGUCGCCGAAGCUGCAGCGUCUAGCUCCGAGAGCCAGGAGGCCCAAGCGCCUACAGCGGGGGAAAGCCCAUCUGCGUGGCCGCCGGCCGCCGCUGGGGUCACCUACGAGCUGUGCGCCGGGCUGGUGGACAAACCCAAUCUCUCCUUGGAGGAAAUCGCCAGACAGGAAGUGCUGGAGGAGUGUGGCUACGAUGUGCCUGCUUCAAAACUCAAGAGGAUUACUUCUUAUCGGUCGGGCGUGGGCGUCACAGGCGCCAAUCAGACCAUGUUCUACGCCGAGGUGUCCGACGACAACUGCGUGAGCGCAGGCGGAGGUGAGCCGCGGGAGGGCGAGCUCAUUGAGGUAGUCAAAGUCCCGUUGCACGAAGCCAUGACGUUCGCCUACAACGAGCGCAUCCCCAAAACCAUGGGCGUCAUAUUUAGCUUCAUUUGGUUCCAUAACAACAUGUCCCCGAAGUACAAGAUCUCCACCAACGUGUAACCACUAGUAACUUUUAUGUCAAAUCACUGGCCCAGCACACCUACUCGCCUCCUCAUAGCCCCUCACUUUUUUUUUUUUUUUUCGCAUUUUUCGUCAAUGGCACGUGAUGGCAGGUGGACGUCUGCCAGCUUCUAUUUUGUCGAACGUUUUUUGUGUAUUUUUCCUAAACGCAGACUGCCUCAGCAGGCUGUCACUGGCACUUUUCUCUCCCAGUUUUGUGUCAUUUUUCCUGAAAAUGUAUGUUGCCAGGCAUGGAAAAUGGUAUCACAUAUCCCUGGUUUUAAGUAAACGAAUGCUCCACUGCUUAAACUUUUGCGUUGACACAAGCUUCAGCUGCAGACAUCUAUUUUUUGAACUACUGUGUUGACCCCUAUUUUUCAAUGCCCAGUUUUGGAAAAUAUAUAUUUUUUGAAAUGUG